CAUACUUACAAAGACAAUAUCAAGAAUACCCCGAAAAGGCUAUCAUAUUCCGUUUCAUGUUAAUUUCUCGGUCACAGGGCCUAUUGAUCUGACGAGGAACAGAAUUUUUUCCUCAUUCAUUGCAUCCUUCAAGGGCUUGUACGAGCAAGGUAUCACUAAAUAGCACGAGAAUGACUUCCAAUGCAACAUUUGGCAGCACCACGACUGCAUCCACCGUGGCUAAAGCCCUGUCCCAAUACAUCAAGGGCAAAACUGUCCUGAUCACUGGUGUUUCUCCAACCAGUAUUGGGGCAGAUACAGCAUACGCCAUUGCUUCCGGACACCCAACCAAGCUCAUCCUAGCAUCCCGCACGAAGGAAAAUAUCGACGCAGUUGCGCGAGAAAUCAGAAAGCGAAAUCUUUCUGUCGUCGUGCAGCCUUUGAUCCUGGACCUCUCGUCGCAAAGAUCUGUUCGGGAUGCUGCUGCCGAGGUCAACAGGUCCAUUACUCAGCUUGACCUGCUGAUCGCUAACGCAGGGGUCAUGGCUAUUCCUAAGCGCACGCUCUCUGAGGAUAAUAUUGAAUUGCAGUUUGCAACUAAUCACAUUGGUCAUUUCCUAUUUACCAAUCUCAUCCUUGAAAAGAUGCGUGUAGCUGCAAAGGCAUCUACAGUCCAAGGCGCCGUGCGUUUGGUUGUGCUGAGCAGCAAUGGUCACCGAUUUUCCCCUGUUCGCUUCAAUGAUUACAACUUCGAAGGCAAGCCCAUUCCUGAGGAAGAGGAGCCUUGCAUUGAGGCGAUGACCAACCGUGGUCUUGAUGCACCUGUAUUUGACAGUGACCAUUACCAAAAGUUCGUGGCAUACGGACAGUCCAAAACAGCAAAUAUCCUUUUUGCUCUGUAUGUCCGCAGCAGGCUAUUGAAGGAAGGCAUUCAGGCGGUAUCUGUACAUCCUGGCUGUAUGUUUCUAUCCGUUCUUUUUAUUCUUCAACAUAACAUGGACUCCUUUCCUAUACUAAUACUGGGUUUUGUCAAAUAGCGAUAGUUACUGGUCUUAUACGUCACCUUUCAGAUUUAACAAUUGUCAACACCGUUAGUCAAAAUGCCGUCAAGCCUAAUGGCACAAUUGGGGUUGGGGGCUUUAAGACAACUGACGAGGGUGCCGCGACAACUUUGGUGGCCGCCUUGGACCCUAAAUUGGGGGCAUUGGAGGGUAAGUCACGCUUAUUGGGUUCUCCUUUGUAAUUUUAGCUUACCUUGUAAUAUCAUGUAUCAAGG